GCAGCGGUUCGCAUCUUGGACAGUGACAGGAAAGCUGCAGGUUGUUGACGUGUUUUAUUUAUUUGUUUUCUCCUCCCGAAGCGCUUCAUUUUUGCGUGGCACAGGCAGAAAUGGAUGAUCAGGGUUGUCCGAGAUGCAAAACAACCAAAUACAGGAACCCGUCGCUGAAGCUGAUGGUCAACGUCUGCGGACACACGCUAUGCGAGAACUGUGUCGAGAUGCUGUUUGUGCGUGGCUCGGGCAACUGUGUGCAGUGCGACACGCCCUUGAGGAAGAGCAACUUCCGCGUGCAGCUCUUUGAAGACCCGACAGUAGACAAGGAGGUGGAGAUUCGCAAGAAAGUGCUGAAGAUUUACAACAAGAGAGAUUUUGACUUCCCCAGCCUGAGAGAAUACAACGAUUAUCUGGAGCAAGUGGAGGACGUUGUGUAUAACCUGACAAACAACGUUGAUGUGGAGAACACCAAGCUAAGGAUGGAGCAGUACCAGAGAGAGAACAGAGAUGUCAUCCAGAGAAAUAAGGCCAAACUUACACGGGAGCAGGAAGAGCUGGAGGAGCUGCUGUUGCUGGAACAGCAGAGCAAUGAGCAGCGGCGACUCGAGGUGCUGCAGGAAGAGCAGAGGCAGCUACAGGCCAAGAGGAAGAACAAGCAGGCUCUGCUGGAUGAACUGGAGCAGUCUCAGCUUCCUGCCACCCUCUUACUUGCACAACACAAGGUUCGUGCUGCCCAGCUUGAGACCCAGAUAGAGCAGCAGAAACAGGCUGUGAAGCCCACCAAUCUAUUUUCAACAGGAAUACAUAUGCGUCAGACCGUGUCUCUCCAGCCUGUUACCAAGAUAGAGGAAGUUCUUUACCGCUAUAAACCCCUUCAAGUUGAAACCUACGGACCUACGGUGCCUGAACUGGAGCAGCUGGGCAGAUUCGGGUAUCUGAACCACGUGCGGGCUGCCAUGCCUCAGGACACAGCUGGAGGAUACACCUCAGCUUUGGCGUGUUAUCGAGCCAUCCAGGACGCAUUCAGCGGGCUGUUCCCUCUGAAAGACUGAAGGAGCUCCUCCAAUUUAAAAAAUGUGACUGAAUGGACUGUAAAUAUAGCACUGCUGCAGGUGGGUAGUGCUCUGAUUUAUAUGAAUGUUGUAUGUAAUCUUUUAUAUUUUGUGCUAACUUUAUUUUUAAAUAAAUGACAACGAACACUGUGUUUUUGUCUGUCAUUUUCCAGAUUUAUU